AUGAAAACAGAGCUUAAGAUCCUCAUUUGGGCUCACAUUGCUCUCGUGCUGUUUUUGUGCUAUGAAACAUUUGACCUGAUGACUUUGCUGUACGAUGACACGUUCAAGGACAGCCUGUUAGACAGCGACUUGAACAGCGACAUCUCAAGCAGACCCCAACUCAUCCCCAAAAUUAUCCAUCAAACAUAUAAAACUAAUGACAUCCCUGAAAUCUGGCAGGAUGGCCAGAAAAAAUGCCAGGAACUUCAUCCCGACUACAAGUACAUCAUGUGGACUGAUGAAAUGGCACGCAACUUCAUUUCUGAAGAAUACCCAUGGUUCUUGAAGACGUUUGAUUCCUACAAGUACAACAUCGAAAGGGCAGACUCAAUCAGAUACUUCGUUCUGAACCACUUUGGUGGUAUUUAUAUCGACUUGGACGACGGCUGUGCCAGGAGACUGGACCCAUUGCUGUCGGUUCCUGCCUUUGUUCGAAAGACCACGCCAUCUGGUAUCUCAAAUGAUGUUAUGGGAUCUGUUCCAAGGCAUCCUUUUUUCAUUAAAACAAUCAAGUCUUUGGAAAGCUACAAUAGAAAUUGGCUGGUUCCUUAUAUUACUAUUAUGUACAGCACAGGUCCAUUGUUCUUGUCGGUUAUUUGGAAACAGUACAAAAGAUGGGGUGUUCCUGAAUCUGGGGUUGUUCGUAUAUUACAACCUGCAGACUACAAAAGCGGCCCCAACGCUUUUUUCAAUAUUACAGAGGGUUCUUCAUGGCAUUUAGGCGACGCCAAAUUCAUCAAAUCACUUGCUGAUCAUAUCGGUACUGCAGUAAUCGGGGGUUUCCUCAUUGCUAUAGCGAUUUUGUCUGUAGAGUUUGCCAUUUAUUUAUCUUUGGUUGCUUUGGCAAAUUCUAGAGCCAUGAAAAAGUGCAUAUCUUUCAUUAAGGACAUACCCUCAAGAUUCUCCAGAGAUUCAGAAAUUGAUGAAAAUAAAGUCAACAAUCAUAUCUAUAAAAUUGCAUUGCUGAAGAGAAGAAACAGAAAGGAUUCCAAUCUUCCCGUCGUUCAUAUUGAUGUUGCCGAUGACAUUGAGAAGCAGAUAAUGAACCAACCCAUGUAG